AAUAGUCGCGCGGUGAUGGUCUGGGCAGACCUCCUCACUCGGGGAGACCCUCAGCUUAGAGCAGCUAAAGCCCCUUUAUUGUAAUCAGCGCUGAAACGGGACGCUUCGUAUCGGAGGGCGAGGACGUCCGCGGAUCGCUGGCGGAGGGGAAGGCGGCUCUGCUGCUCUGCUCGCAGACAAAACCGAGCGCUGCCUUGUUUACCAGCGAGAACCAGCGCGGAGCACGAAGCCGUGGAAGGAACGGCCCCCGAUCGGCGGCGAGGCCCUGCAGACCAGCGAGAGGAGGCGCGUUUAUAGCGGUGGAUGAAGAGAGAAGCACCAAGCUGCGUCUUCAAAACGGUGGAUUAAAAGACCCCCCCGCCUCAUCCGCCCCCCCACCCCCAGCGCCAGCGCGUCUGCUCUAAACGCGACGACACACCACAACGACCUCGUUUCUCGCGGCGGAUCAGAGAGGCGGGCUGCAGAAUCGCGAUCGCCGUUCAAACGGAGCCUUGAGCGUCAGUUCUGCGUCGUGACUAUGAGCGCGCGCUGAUUUCAGCGCCUGCUACUGUGACCCAACCUGCCGAGGCACGGGACCGCGGGGCGUCGCGCGCUGCUUGAUGUUGGAUCCCGUAGCCCCGGCACGGCUGCUCGGAUGGCGAACGCGAGCGACCCCGGCGGCCCGCCGCUGCCGCUGCAGGACUCGGUGCAGUUGGCGGCGCUCGUCGCGAUGCUGUGCGCGAGCGUGGCGGGCAACGCGCUGCUGUGCGCGCUCGUGCUGAAGGACAGCGCGCUGCACCGCGCGCCCUACUACCUGCUGCUGGACCUGUGCGCGGCGGACGCGGCGCGCGCCGCCCUCGGCUUCCCUGUGGCCGCGGCGACGGCGACGGCCGGGGCGCGCGGGCGCCCGUUGGCCUGGGCGUGGCCGUGGGCAUGGACGUGGGCGCACGCGUGGUGCCGCACGGCCGCAGUGCUCGCCGCGCUCUUCUGUUUCCACGUGGCCUUUGUGCUGCUGGCCGCGAGCGUCACGCGUUACCUGGCCAUCGCGCACCACCGCUUCUACGCCAAGCGCGUGACUCCGUGCGCGUGCGCGGCGCUCGUGGCCGCCUCUUGGGCGCUCUCGGCCGCCGCCGCGCUGCCGCCGGCGCUGGAGCAGAGCGCGGGAGCGUUCCCGCGCGACCCCGAGCACUGCGCCCUAGGCCACGCGCCCGCGCGCGCGGGCGACGCGCUGGGCCUGGCGCUCACUCUCGCGUGCGUGGUGGGUGCCACGCACGCCGUGUACGCCAAGAUACUGUGCUUCGUCUACGGACACCGGAAGAUGAAGCCCGCGCAGCCAGUUCCCGCGGUCAGCCACAACUGGACGUUUCACGGACCCGGCGCUACGGGCCAAGCCGCCGCCAACUGGAUCGCGGGCUUCGGCCGCGGGCCCACGCCGCCCGCACUGGUCGGAGUGAGGCAGGCGCCGCGCGACGCCGGCCGCAGGCUCCUCGUGCUCGACGAGUUCAAGACGGAGAAGCGCAUCGGGAAGAUGUUCUACAUACUCACGCUCGCCUUCCUGCUGCUGUGGGCGCCCUACGUGGCGGCGUGCUACGCGCGCGUCUUCGCCGAGGGCGGCGCCGUGCCGCACGUCUACCUCACCGCGGCCGUGUGGCUCACGUUCGCGCAGGCGGCCGCCAACCCCAUUAUCUGCUUCGCCUUCAACAAGGAGCUGCGCGUGCGGCUCAGGGCCUGCUUCCCCUGCUGCGUCACCACACAGACCCCGAUGGAGCCGUACUGUGUGAUCUGAUCAGAGAGCGCGCCUGCACAGACUCUCCACGCGCCACUUCUGCGCUUUUAGACUCUUAAUUACUGCAAAACAUUAUCGCGAUUAUCCACACGCCGGUUCCUUUGGACGGACUCAGCUUGCUUGACCUGGUGUGGUAUUUUGGGUACUGUAUGGGCACCAUUUGGUAUUUUGGGUACUGUAUGGGCACCAUUUGGUAUUUUGGGUACUGUAUGGGUACACAUUGUUACAUUGAGUACUGUAUAGACACAGGUUUUCCGAGUAGUAUGGUACAGGGUGGUAUUUUGGGGUAUUGUAUAUUUUGGCAUUUCGGGAACCAUUUGCAUACAGUUUGGUAUCAUGGGUAAUGUAUUGGUACUAGGUGAUGUUUUGGGUACUCUGGGUACAGGGUGGUAUUUUGGGUACAAUGGGUAUAGGUUGGUAUUUUGGUAUAGAGGUAUCUUGGACACUAUGGGUAGUGGUAUUUUGGGGUGUCGUAUAGUUUGGCAUUUUGGGUACCAUUUGCAAACAGGUUGUUAUCAUGGGUAAUGUAUUGGUACUGGGUGAUAUUUUGGGUACCGUGGGUACGGCAUGGUAGUUUAGGUACAGUGGGUACAGGGUGGUAUUUUGGGGUAAUGUAUAAUUUGGUAUUAUGAGAAUUGUUUGCAUACCGUAUGGGUGCCGGUUGUUUUUUUUACCGUAUAGGUACAGUUUGGUAUUUUGUCUACAGCCUUAUCUAGAGUUCAGGUUGUUCUUUGGGUAUCGUUUGAGUUCAGCUUGUUUUUUUUUUGGAUACUGUAAAGUUUCAUAUUUUGGGAACUGUAUAGUUUGGUAUUUUGGGUAUUGUACAGCUCAAAAACUUGUAAAUAUUUAUUUAUUUUAAUUUUUUUUAUUUGUAUCAUGACAAAUGCUCCAAUAGACAUGCUCCAAAAUAGCACAAUUAUCUGAAAUAAAUGUGUAGUUAUAUUUACAUACAAGUCAUUUUUCCUUUUAUCAUAAAGCAGCAUUGUCUAGGAUAUAAAGUUGUUUUGGAGUUAUAAGCUUUCAAUAUGACAGUCAUAUUAUAUUGCCAUUUGUUGGGUAAGGUUUGGCUACUUUUGGUAUGUUUGUGGCAGUUUGGUAUUUUGGGUACUACAUGGGUACAAUUUGGAAUUUUUAGGUAUUUUGGGUACUACAUGAGUACGGUUUGGUAUUAUGGAUAUUGGGGUACUGCAUAGGUACAGUUUGGUAUUUUGUGUACUAUGUGGGCACAAUUUGGUAUUUUGGGUAUUUGGGUACUGUAUAAGUACAGUUUGGUAUUUUUGGUAUUUCGGAUAGUACAUGGAUAUAAUUUCUUUUUUCGGGUGUUUGGGGUACUACAUGGGUACAGUAUGGUAUUUUGGGUACUACAUGGGUACACUUUGGAAUUUUGGAUAUUUGGGGUACUGUAUAGGUACAGUUUGGUAUUUUGGGUAUUUGGGGUACUGUAUAGGUACAGUUUGGUAUUUUGGGUAUUUGGGGUACUGUAUGGGUACAGUUUGGUAUUUUGGGUAUUAAGGUACUACAUGUGUACAGUCCGGUAAGAAUACACCCUUAUGUUUUUUGAAGGGUUCAUUAUUAACUGUAAGGGAUGUAUACAGAACUGUGAACACUCAAACAAUUUGAAUACAUAAAUGGUUAUUUGUAUGAUUAAUUGGCUCUUCUCUAUGAUAGAAAACUUCUUGUACAUGAUUCUUUAAAGAACUCUUAAUUGGUUCUAUAUAGUACCGAGAAGGGUUUUGUUAUUGUUACAAUUUAUGGAACCUUUUUUGAUAUCAUGUGGAAUACUUUUUCCAAGGCUGUACAGUUUGACAGAUUGGUAUGUUGGCCAUUAAACAUCUGAUGAACAUUCUAGACAAAUAAGUCCCCCACUGCAUAUAGCAAAAUGCAAAUAUAGAUGUAUUCUGAUGUAAAAUAUGUAUGAUAUUGUAUUUAUAUUCUCCAUUUCUUAAUAUGGGAUACGCUGAAUGUGUAAUAUGUUUGCUAAGACCCUAUCAUUUUUGUGGACACAGUGUCAGAUGUCUUUUACAGAUGGAUCACAUGGACUUUAGUGUGGACAAAGCUUCCACACCUCCUCCUUCCCUCGAACUCUGCAUUAACUGUUUUAUAUACGGACUUGAAUACAUUUGGCUUUCAGUUGAUGAAUGGAUUAGUGGGAGGAGACGUUUCCUCGUUUUUUUGAAUCAAAUAAAAGCAGAUUGAUUAGCG